UCCUGGGUUCUCCAGAGCCUUCUUCCGUCUUGAAAAACCUGGCCUUAGACAUUCUUAAAUUUGUGCUCUGCAUACACCACCGUCCAAACAAACAACUCUCCUUGCACAAAGAGAUGCAGAGAGAUCAAGAGAAUACUGAUGAUAAGAUGAAGACGGGUAAUCUGUUUGAUGAGUUUCGGGCUCGUAGAAGUACGAUGCCUAGCUUGUUUGGUGGAAGGGAUCCGUUUGAUGAUCCCUUUUUUACUCGUCCAUUUGGUAGUAUAUCCGGGUCUGGAAUGUUUGGUACUGCUGGUCAGUUUGGUAAUUCGUCACAAGUUAGUGAAAUGAAAGGACCUGUUAUUAAGGAACUAGAUAGUGAGGAUGAAGGAGAACAAGAGGGAGAUGGUGAUCAGGAUAAAGAUGGUAAGAAUGAAAGAUCUGAAGCUUCAGACGGAGAUUGUUCGAAUAAAGACCCUAUUGUUGAGCACCCUGAUGAUGAAGAUAAUGCAGAGAAAGAAAGCGAGAAUGUAUCCCAUAGGACUAACUAUAACAAGGUUGAACGAGCAGAACCUCAAAAUCGAAGUUUUAGCUUCCAGAAAGUGACAUAUGGUGGUGUAGAUGGAACUUAUUUCACAGCUACAACGUCAAGAAGGAAAGGGAAGGACGGGGCAUUGUUGGAGGAAAGCAAGCAAGCUGAUAAAACAACCGGUCAAGCCUCACAUAGGAUCUCUAGAGGAUUACAUGAUAGGGAUCAUUCUCUUUUAAGGAAGAUUGAUUCUGAUGGGAAGGUGGACACAAUGCAAACUUUGCAUAAUCUAGAGGAAGAUGAACUGACUGGUUUUGAAGAUGCUUGGAGAGGAAAUGUGGAAAAGCAUUUUCCUGGAUGGACUGAUGGAUCCAUUCACUUUGGAGAUUCAGGGGUUGGCGGCAGUCGUCAGAUAACCCAGGCAGGUCAGGGUACUAAUCAUCCAUUUGGCGAUACUGGAGAAAGUUUCAGUACGAGGAGGCCUCAUAAUGAAACCAAGAGGGAUCAAAAUGGGGGCAAAACAAAAAAGGUCGUCAGGAUAAAUAUUGAAUGAAGUACAUCUUCUUUAAAAACGCCAGGUGAUGUUUUCGCACACGCAUACGAAUAUGAUGAGAAGCUGCAGGAUCAUCAUUCUGAUUUCCUCUUAGACAUAUUGUAUUUUACUUGAUAUAUAUGGUUUGUGUGUGUUAUUUGAUUAUAGACAGUCAAUGUUGUACCAAAUAAAGAAAGAGAACAGUAGGUUUCUGUUAGUUUUGCAAUCUCUUGGUUGGGGACCUCUUUUCUUUCUUAACUAUGGUAAGUUACGUUUGGUA